AUGGACGGCCACUCGGACGCCGCUUCGGUCCUCUCGUCGCGUGCGCAACAGCCGCAGAACUUCACCCUCCGAUCGCUGCUUCUCGGACUGGCUAUCGGCACGGUCAUCUGCUUCUCCAAUACCUACUUCGGCUUACAAACAGGAUGGGUCUCGAGUAUGGCCAUGCCCAGCGCUCUGCUUGGGUUUGCUUGGUUCAAAGCCGUCUCGAGGACGCUAUCCUAUCCUUUCACGCCGGUUGAGAACGUUCUGGUGCAAUCUGUCGCUGGAUCCGUAGGAACUAUGCCCUUGGGAUGUGGCUUUGUUGGAGUCAUUCCCGCUCUGGAGUAUCUGCUCAAGCCUAAUGAGACUCAAGGCGAAGAAACCGGUGUCCAUCUCUCGCUCUUCAAGCUCAUAGUUUGGGCUGUAGGUAUCUGCUUCUUUGGUGUCGUCUUUGCUGUGCCAUUGCGUAGGCAAGUCAUCAUCCGCGAGAAGCUCAAGUUUCCUUCUGGUACAGCGACCGCCCUCAUGAUCGGAGUACUUCACGGAGGAGAAAAAGAUGCCACCGUCAUCAAUAUGGACAACGAGAACGAACACGAGGGCAGCAAUCGACAAGUCGAAGAGGAGGAACAGAGCUUGAUCGUAGGCGCCCCAACACAGCGCCGGAGACAACAACAAACUGCUGCAUCCGAGCCACAAGGUGAUGUUGAGGCCUUGGACAAGGACACGCAUGCCGAUUGGAAGGGCAGGAUCAAGCUUUUGACCCUUUCGUUCGGCAUCUCGGCCAUCUAUACCCUCAUGUCAUACUUCGUUCCUUUCAUUCGCGAGAUUCCUUUCUUGGGCAUGUACUUGGCGAAAGACUGGCUCUGGACGCUCAAUCCUUCGCCUGCCUAUAUUGGUCAAGGUAUCAUCAUGGGUCCUGCGACCACUCUACAUAUGCUGCUAGGUGCUGUCCUCGGCUGGGGGUUGCUUUCCCCUCUUUCAAAAGCCAGAGGCUGGGCGCCAGGCGCUGUGGAUGAUUGGGAGAAAGGCAGUAAAGGAUGGAUCGUUUGGAUCAGUCUUGCAAUUAUGCUUGCGGACUCGAUCGUCAGUCUUGGCUGGUUGGUCCUGCGACCAACAAUCCAGCUCGUUCGAGUCUUUGGCCCACGAGCCAAGGACAGCGUUGCUCGAGGCACUUGGAAGGAUGACCUUCGCACUUUCACACACCCUCAUAUGAGAGGCUACAGCCCAGUCAAUCUCAAUGAGCCUAGCCACGACUCACCCGAGACCGACGGUCUGAUCUCCGGAACCACGCAAUCCAGAAAAACUGCCCAGGACGCUCCGGAACCUGACGCUCCGCCCGAGCAUCUGAUCAGCAACAAGGUUACGCUCAUUGGGCUCGUGCUAUCUUUGGCCACUUGCGCUGGCGCAGUUCACUUCGCUUUCGCAAACCUCAUCCCCUUCGCUCUCACGUUAUUGGCACUAGUGCUGGCUCUUCUGUUGUCGAUCAUGGGUGUUCGUGCCUUGGGAGAGACAGAUUUGAACCCGGUAUCUGGCAUCUCAAAGCUGACUCAGCUAUUCUUUGCUCUAGUCACUCCUUCAGGUUCUCCUAAUGCGGUGAUUAUCAACCUUAUCGCCGGUGCUAUCAGUGAGUCUGGCGCAUUGCAAGCGGGAGAUCUUAUGCAGGAUCUCAAAACUGGGCACCUCCUCGGCGCGAGUCCGAAAGCGCAAUUCUGGGGCCAAAUUAUCGGCAGUGCUUUUGGAGCUGUGAUCAGCGCUUGCAUCUACAAGCUCUAUACUCGGGUCUAUGAAGUACCUGGAGGCAUGUUCCAAGUACCUACAGCCUAUGUCUGGGUAUUUACAGCACGACUUGUCACCGGGCAAGGGCUACCGCCCAUGGUAGGUGAAUGGGCUGCAGGAGCAGCUGCCGUCUUUGCCAUCUUUACAGCGCUACGGAUCUAUGGCAAUUCAAUAGGAGCAAAGUGGACUCCUUUCGUCCCCGGAGGCAUCGCAGUAGCCGUUGGCAUGUACAAUACCCCGUCUUUCACCAUGGCACGGACGAUCGGUGGACUAAUCAACUGGUACUGGCGCAACUGGCGCAAGGAGUCAGAAACACCAAUAAUCAUCCUCGCCAGUGGACUCAUCUUGGGCGAAGGACUGUUUAGUAUAGUCAAUCUUGGCCUAGCAUCCCUACAGGUACCGCACCUGUAG